UGCCAGUCACCCUGCAGCAGGGGAGGUUCCAGCGCAGGAACAGUGACCCCUGUGAGCACCCCAGGAGGAAGCCACCCCUGAAGCCCUGCCCAUGCCAGACAGUCCAGCCCCCCCCGUUUGCCGUUUGUGUCUGGGUCCCCAGAGCCGCCCGGUGCUGGGAGUAGGAGAUAGUGCACCGGCCUCUCAAAUGGAGCCUGGGUCUGCAGCAGCCUCCAUGUCACGGAGCCCCAAUCCCCGCUGGGUCCUACAGCCCGUAGUUCCAGGGACUUCUCUUCCAGCCUGGAGCCCGGGCUGGGGGCCGGUGUGGGGCUGGGACCCCUUGUGCCUCUGCAGCCAAGACAUCCCUUCCGAUUGGAAAAACGGCUCAGGAGGGUGUGGGACCUGCCCCUUCCACGCCUCCACCCCCACCACUGUCAGCGCACCCUCCUCUCUCCUCUGGUUGUGGGGCUCCCAUUCCGCCAGCGUUCAGGCGGUUCUGAUGAGGUUGUUCUGGGCUGUGGUUGUAAUUGUGAUGUGGCCGUGGGUCGGCUCUCCCCUUCCUGUCUCAUGUCAGCCAAGGCGCCAUCACAGGGACUUGGCCAUGGAGGGCAAGCCCUUGGUGACGUCCAAACAGAAGACGGAAGUGGUGUGUGGGGUCCCCACCCAGGUGGUCUGCACGGCCUUCAGCACCCACAUCCUGGUGGUGGUGACCCAGUUCGGGAAGAUGGGGACCCUGGUCGCCCUGGAGCCCAGCACUGUGACCAGUGACAUCAGCAAGCCCGCGCUCACUACCAAAGUUCUUCUCGGGCAGGACGAGCCUCUCAUCCACGUCUUCGCCAAGAACCUGGUGACCUUUGUGUCUCAAGAAGCCGGAAACAGAGCCGUCCUCCUGGCCAUGGCCGUGAAGGACCGGAGCAUGGAGGGGCUGCGGGCCUUGAAGGAGGUGAUUCAGACCUGCCAGGUGUGGUGACCUGGACUUGCAGCCACACCUGCGGCUCCACAGAGCCAGGGGGAAGGCGGGGACUCGCUGGGAGCCCUCCUGCACCCUGGAAGCCGAGGAGAGGAGCGUGUCUCCCCAGACUCCUGCUUGGCCUGUGACCCUGACCUUGGAUGGAGGGAGCGCGGGAGCGCGUGUGGGAGAGUCGGGAUGGUCUCACCCGGGCCCAGUGGCUGUGGGAAUUGAAAGGAGUCCUGGCCCUCAAUGUGUGGUACCAGCAAGUGGAGGGAAUUGCUUUUGUAUUAAAACAAGUGCAGAAUCCAA